GGGUAGGGGUGGCCAGGAUCAAUUAAUACCUCUGAGACACGCCCCUUUGCCUCCUGGGAUCUCUCUUCCUCCUCUCCUAUAUAUUACACACGCGCGCGCGCAACACAAAAAACCUGUGCUUUUUUUGUGGGGGGGGGUACUGUAUUUUAUCCCGGCGCCCUCUCCCCAUCUGGAGUUUAGCAGUAGAAAAGGUGGUUCAUUCCAGAUUUGCGCGUGUGGUGUCCAAGUGGAGGGAGAACCGCGUCUGAAUGAAACAUUAUUUUUUUUUAAAGAAAUCUAAACAGCAGGGAUUUAAACAUGAGGUUUUUUAUGAUGUUUUUCAGAAAUUUACUCGGUUUCGUCCUGGGGCUUUUCCUGAAGUUCAACGGCAGGGAUUGCUGAGACUUGGGCAUAGCUUUGGAAAUGUCAUUCAAACGGGAGCCUUGUGAGUCUUUCUGGAAAUCAUAGUAACUCAACGGUAUCUGAAGAUCACCCACACUCUUCCCUUCCCCCCCCUCAUUUUAUUUUUUUGAAUCAUCAAAGAAACUACAGUAUUGAGUUUCAUCUUUUGGAGGACCCGCAACUGUUUGGAUUUAUUUAUUUAUUUUCCCUGCAAAGGAAACUUGACAGAAAAGUAGAUUUAAUUCAAAUGCAUUUCAACACAGAGGACGGAACGCCUCUGCAAAUAGGCUUUAUAAUAAAUAUUACAUGUGGAAUACAGCAUUUGCUGCAUUUUAAAUCCGGUUUUCACCGUGCAUCACAAACUGAGGAGGGAAACGCUGGGAAGGCGGAAAUACCUUUGAGACCCUGAGGACUCCCCCACACCUCAACCAAUGGAACUGCAUCGAAUAAAACAACUGGAUUAUAUAUAAACACUGGCACUUACUAUUACUGGCUGCUUUAUUUUUGGGGGGGCUGGAGGGGGGACACACUCCAUCAGCUUCUGCAUUUCUUCCCCCCCUCCUUUCCCCUACUCCUUGUUAUAAAUGAUGGCUCAUACUGGGAUAAGAGGUUACGACACAAGAGAGAUAGUGCAGAGGUACAUCCAUUACAAGCUGUCGCAGAAAGGAUAUGACUGGGUUGCCAGUGAAGACAGAGAAGACCUUUCUUCUCUUCCUCCUCCUCCUCCUGCUGCUGCAGAGACCUUCCCUAACCUUGCUAGGCUGGCAUCUCAUCCUUCCGAGCUGCCUGUAAGUAAUGUGGCCCCGGCUGACGGACCACACCCUGUGCCACAGGUUGUCCACACGACUUUACGUCAAGCCGGGGAUGAGUUUUCGCGGCGUUACAGGAGGGACUUUGCUCAGAUGUCGGGACAGCUGCACUUGACCCCGGUCACUGCCAGAGCUCGCUUUGCGGCAGUUGUGGAAGAGCUCUUCCGAGACGGGGUGAACUGGGGGAGGAUUGUGGCAUUCUUUGAGUUCGGUGGCAUGAUGUGCGUGGAGAGCGUCAGCCGGGAGAUGUCGCCCCUUGUGGACAAUAUCACAGUGUGGAUGACUGAGUACCUGAACAGGCACCUGGACAACUGGAUCCAGGACAAUGGAGGCUGGGAUGCUUUUGUGGAGCUCUACAGCAACAACAUGAGGCCUUUGUUCGAUUUCUCAUGGCUGCCUCUGAAGACAAUCUUGAGUCUGGCUGUUGUGGGCGCCUGCAUCACCCUUGGAGCUUAUCUGGGGCAUAAGUGACUUCAACCAACUUGUGGCGAACUGAUGAAAAAGUCUUUUUUUUAAUUGAAAAGAGAGGAUCAGAAAGCAUGAGAGCUUUUUUUGCUUUUGUUUUUCCUGUAGCAUAAUGCUAUUAUUUUAUGAGCCAAGUAUCUUUCUGUCUAAAUAUUAAAUCAGCUAUUACUGCCAAAGGGAAUAUUCAUUUAUUUUUUACAAUGCAGGAGACGAAUUAUUUAUUAAAGAUAUUUUACAUUUAACCUGCUAUUUUCCUGAAAUUCUGCAAGUUAUACCCAUGUGCAUCUUUACAACGGAAGUUCAAGGACACUCCAAAGAUCUUCAGCUUUCUUGCAAAAUGCCGCUGGACAAGACUAUUUUUUAUCACAUUGGACUAUAGGGCACAAGAGACCGAGGUGUUUCAUCCGCAGGAAAGACAGUAAAUGGGCUACUUGCAGAGGUGUAAAUUUGCAGUUUUUCGCUCUGCCCACUGAAGGAGGAAGCUAAAUCGCAGCAUGGAUGAGAUAGGAGCAAUUUCAAGCCAGUAACGCCUUUGGGAUAUAGCAAUUCGACAUGGUACCUAUCCAGAGCAAGAAACAACGCGAGGUUCAGGCCAGUAAUAUAGCCCAUGUAGCUCAUCAGCUCAGGCGCAAAGCUGACAUCUGGGAAUACGAUUUCAUCCCAACUUGUGAAGCAUCCCGAUAUAUGUACUGUUUUGUGCCACUCGACACCACCGUAGGUCAUCGUUGGGAGGAUACCGUUUGUGCCUCCUCAAAGCAACGAUUUGAAACGAUUUGAAAUAACUUCGGAACUGCAGAACAAAUAUUCUGUUUAUAGAGUGUAUUCUUCAAUCCUCACUUUUACCACGCAGCCAUCAGGAAACCGUAAGUGCCUGCACCUGCCUUGCAGGACCUGGAGCCUGGAUGUUCUGGCUCGCAUCCCCACUGGAGCUAAGAGUCUACCCACAGCUGAUCCUGCUUUUACUCUCUGAUUUCUUCUUUGCUGGGCUGGGCUGGGGUGGUGGUCUUAAAAGCAAUUCACUUUGGUUGCUGAAUAAUGCAUCUCGAAGCCAAGAGAGGCCCAAGAAUUGAAAUCAGGUGACAGAGAUUAGCUCGGAUCUGCCAUUUUUUAUCAAAACAGACACACACCACACCCAAAUUAAGUUCUUUCCAUUUUAUUUUUCUCUUAAGUGGAGCUUUAUUCCCCUCAAUAGUAUUGCGCCCUGGUUAUUUCUUUAAGGCCGUCUUCAAAAGGAUCAGGAAUGCAUCCAUUGCCUCCAUCUGCAUAGGCUCACAGACAUCAUCCAGUUCCCUAAGGUGCCUAUUGCCUUUUGUACGGAAACCUGGGGAGGAAGAGGGGAGGGAGAGGGGAAUCCUUGUUUUUAAUCCUUUUCAAUAAGAUGAAAGCAGAGUACUUAAUAAGACCACUUUUCUGAGAGUACCUUAUUUUAUUUUUUAAAAAAUCCUAAACACGUAGCAUGAGAUAGAUCGCUAGAAGCACGGCUGCCAUCGUGGUUGAGCAUCGCUGAGAGCCUGCCAUGACCCACUGCUGAUCACCAGAGCCCCCGGGCCCUAUACUUAGCUAUUGCUGCGAGCUCACCUGUCCUCACAAGUGUGCAAACAGAAGAAAAAGAAGCACCAUUCGCUUCCCUUGGCCUUCUCCUUCUGGGGCAGGUGUGUGGAAAUUGAAUGGGCAGUGGUGAAGGAGGUAGGCUUCCUCAAAGAUGUGGGUCCCUUGAGGGCUUCUUGGUGUACUGCAGCUUUGUAAAUAACAGAAGUUACUAGCCUGCCAAAAAAUAAAAAAGCAUUAGCUUACAAAGGGGCUAGUAGCCCAUUCUUCCAUGCUGGCUGCAGAGGGAGGGUCAUAUGCUAUACUAGCCAGUCAGCAAGCUAGUAAAAUGAAUAGCCUUCUCCCAAGUAGACCAUUGAUGGAGUGAGCUGUCCUUGUUUUGCCAGGCCACUGACUUGCUUAUAGGGAAUUCCUGGUCACCUACACUGACCAGGCAAGCUGUUAAUGAGGCUGGUGUUGCAGAAUCUUCAUUGCUGAAGGUACUUAAGAGCAAGUUACAGCUGAAUGGGGUUGGGUUGCCUGAGGUGGACUCAACCCCUAAAGUAAAAGAACUGGCAGGGUGGUCUCUUCCCCAGUGCUUCCAAGAGGGUCCUUACAGUGGGUUCAGUGCUUCUCAAACAUGCAUGCAAACAUGUCUGUAUUCACUCCCAUCUAUAUAUAUAUAUAUAUAUAUAGAGAGAGAGAGAGAGAGAGAGAGAGAGAGAGAGAGAGAGAGAGAGAGAGAUUUACCCCUUCUGAGGAAAGUCCAAUAGGAGAGGGGGGGAAAACCUGUUGGUAAUGACAUGUUUGUGAUAGCUCAAUAACAUUUAGCAAAUUAAGCUCCCGCCUAGAAGCACCUCUGGUCAUGUAUUCAAAUAUAUCUACCACUUUAACAAAGGCAACUCUAGAUUGGAUGCUUUGCCGUAAUGGCCAGUUGUUGAUAUCAGUGUAAUACAUUAAGGGGGGGGAGGCCAAGGGGUCAAAAGAAACCCAUACAUACAGUACAUCAAAUGCUUUCCUGCAUGCUCAGGACAGUUUUUGCCUCUAGCAUCAGCUCUUAUUACAGCAUAGGGCUGGAUCUACAAAGAUCUGUUAAACGUUACUAAAUAUAACGUUACGUAAUGUUCAGUGCAGUUUUCCAUUGCCAGUGGUUCACUGCUCUGCAGCACCCUCUGGUGGCACAUUUUAAUAACACAUUUUUAACAUUAUAAACCACGAGUGUAGAUCUGCCCUGGGAUUCUGCACGGGGCGGGGGAGGGGUGAUGCCCCACCAGCCCUCAUGAGCAGUUUUGUGAUGUUGCUGUGGGGAGCCAGAAAAGUCUCAGCAUAUACAAAAAGCCAACUCUCCAUUAGUUCUUUGGAUCCAGUCAAUGAGUUUCGGGCCAUAUUAAUGCGAGGGCUUUUUAUUUUAUUUUUAUUUUAUUUAAACAAUACAUGCCCCAAAGGAACAAAAUCUAAAUUAGAUGUGAUGGACAUGUCUGACUCCUGUAAAAAUUUCCAUCUUUAAAAAAACCUCCCCUGUUUAUAAAACUGUACAGAAAUGGAUUUUAUACAUUAAUAUGCAUCCAAUAAUAAAUAUCUGGACUGAAGUACAGUUGCUUUAACACUUAAGAUGACAUAGCUAGAUAAAUAAAUAAAGCGAAAGAAAGAAAGAAAGAAAGAAAGAAAGAAAGAAAGAAAGAAAGAAAGAAAGAAAGAAGACAGCUUAUCAGAUCUGAGUGAAAUAUCUUAAUUUUGUGGCAUUAUAUGCAAAAAAAAAUCUAGGGAAUGUAAUAUUUUCAUUGCUUAAGGCUGUAGUUUAUAUUAUGUCUUCAAAGCUGCUUUUUAAAAGAUGGGCAGAAUCCACCAAGGAGCCACUCUUGUCCAGCUCCCAGUCAUUUAAAUGGAGCGUGUGCGAGAAAAGUUCCUUGGGGAGUGUGCCCAGUGUGUUAAUGCAUCUCAGCAUUGCUGUAGCUACUCUGCAGUUAUGGCACUUGUACCCGUCAUUUCAGGUGCGACAGUAAACUAAGCUUUUAUGCUUCACGGCAGAAAUAAAUGUAUAAAGGCAUUUGUUCAAACUUAUGUACCUUAGAUACCAUGGGUUAACUUCACCAAGUUGAAAUGCUUAGCUUUGCAAAAGCUGAAAUGCUUAUGAAUGAAUGUCAAAACUGUGCAUUUAUAAGGAGCAGUUCAGAGGAAGCUAGGCACACCUUCAUCCUAGGGGACUCAACGGCUUUAAACAUUUCUAAAAUUUACUGCGUUGUCCGAAGAGUAAAAAACAACAACACAACAACAUAUGGGGGUAGGAAUCAAUUGUUUAACAAACCACACCCUUCUGAGAACCCAAGUAACUACGCUACAAAGGAGGUACCUAUGUGUUGCAUAACACAUACGGUAGCUUUCCAUGCGCCAUUGAAGCUGCAGUAUUAAAUGAUUUUCAUCAGUGUUGCAUGCUAUUCUAUUCUAUUCCAAUAACUUCACCAAGGGCUGGUUCACAUAUCACUUGAUCUUUCCUCACUUGGUUGCUUAGUACUUAGCAACUCUCACAGCCCAGGGGUUCUAUGCUAGGAUAGGUGCGUUUAGUGGUUUAAGCAUGCCUAACUCUGCAUAAGAUGAGGCUUUCACGUUCAAUAUGCAACCUGUCUCUGUUGUAAAGUACUGUUUGGGUUGGCAUCAAGUGAUGUGAAAUUUCUAUCAGUGGCGAGUAUGCACAUAUAUCGUCACAGCCAAUAAGUAAUGGUCAUAUGUGUUUGAAGUAGCCCUUUCGUUCAACUCUCGGUGCAAACAUACCCUAGGACAGCAUCCUUCAAUCUCGGGUCCCUAGAUACUGUUGUAUUACAAAACUCUCAUCAUUCUUGACCAUUCGGCAGCAACAUCUGGGGACCCAGGGCUGAAGACACUGCCCUAGAAUGGUGCCCAGGGGUCGCAAGGGCGUGAUGAGGAACAAUAGCAGCAUGGGAACAACCAGUACUGCACCAUAUCCUAAACCUGCUGAGACGUGUUGCAGUACGACAUGGGAGAAGAAAGGGCAUCCUGUGUCCAAGAUCUGUACUUUCUCCCGAUCGCCCUUGCCCUUGAACUGUUGCAACAUGCUUGGCAGGCAGAGAAUCUGGUGCCAUACUUCCCAACUUGUGCAAGGCAACCAUUAUGCAUGGGUCAAGACGGCAGCAGCUUUCGUUGUUCUGAGCCAGCAAAUAGGCUGGGCAGCCUGACCCUAAGCAAUGCAACAUGGAGCUAGGUUCAAGCUCUCUAUUUAGCACGCUUCAAAUGGUAACUGCAAACUCCUCAUCAUAAAUAGUGGGUUACGGGCCUCAAACAUUACCAGCAACAAAGAAUUGGGUCUUUUUUUUUUCCUUUUUAGCUGAAGGUUUACAAUUGUCAAAAUGAAAUGGUAAUGAGAAUGAACUAUAUGUCUGUGCUGCUAUUCAACCAUGAUUCUUUGAACAAAGUUUUAUUUUGUGGCAUCACCCAGUUCCGAGACUUUUCAAAGCUGCUUUAGGUGUAAUUUGAAGUAGUCACGUUACAGGCAUUUAGGUAGAUGCUGACAAUUGAUGUUUUAUUGUGUCUCUGUCCGCUGGGCUUCUCAAUAUCGUAAUAGGUGUUUGCCAGAGAAGGUCAGGUGUGCUGUUGGUAGUCUAUAUUUUAUGCAGGUGAUCAUCGGUGUUCCCUCUUCCCAUCUUUGCUGCAGAAUUGUACAGUGUUGUGGCUGCACUAGCUAUAAGGACAGUUGAUACUGCUAAUAGUCAUGUUAAACAUAUUUAGAAAGGUUGAAUGUAUAUAAAAGCCUGAAACUGCCCUUUCCCUGAGCUUUUUCACUGUGACUGGCAGCCUUUCCUGGUUUCACCUGGUACAUUGUUUUGGUUUAGGGGUGGGGAAGCCCUGCAAAACAUCAAAUCAGUAGCACUUUGCCCUUGCACAAGGAACCAAGACUCAAGUGACUCCCCCUAGGCCAUGCCAUAAUUCCACAGCAGAACUGACGUUUCCACAGGAGUCUCUUGCUUGUGUGCUCAUUUAUACUUAUACACUCAACCAAGCUGGCUCUCAUUAACCUUGUGCAUAAUAACCCAGUUCUGAGGGGCCAGUUCUAAAAAAAUGAGAGUGCUGAGAAAAUAACUGCACAUAGAAGGAAUCAUAGAAUUGCAGGAAUAUGCAUCUGUCCCAUACUGGGAUCAAACCUGCAACCUUGGCGUUAUCAGCACCAUGCUCUAACCGUGCCACAGGUCCUCCUACCAUGUGAAACUGAUGGGAGGUAGUUAACAGUGAAGCUUUUGCGGUAUCUGUGAAUGGGAAGAAGUAAGAAAAUGCCUCCAGAACAGUCCUCCAUGGCCAAAUACAUUGUGUGCAGGCUUCCUAGGAAGCAUUGAAGAUCCCCCAAGAAAAAAAGAGCUAUGGGAGAUGGACCAAACUAUCCUGCCCAAAUACACACACACACACACACACACACACACACACACACACACACUGGAAUCCUCAGUGACUGCACCCCACCCCCAAAUUUGGUUAGGUUUCGCGUGCUCAUAUUCCAAAGCUGUGCUGCUCCAGUAUUAACACUGAGCUGCAAGCAAAAUACACAGGCACCCCUCUUCCCUUCUGCAUCAGUUUCAGGUGUAAUAAAGCCAGCAUCUAAAGAUGGCAGAGCGGCUCUCAACGACAAGUGGGUCGGAGUGCAUUGGGUUUCAACUUUGUUUUUGGAGGUUUUUGUUUCACCCCAUAUAGGCUACUAAGGACCAAACUAUAAAUGAUCUUAACUGUUGGAAUGUAUUUAACAUAGGUAUUUUUGAUUGAUACUGGGAUGGGGAGGAAAGUGAACCAUUCCCUGCCCCUCCAUGGUUCUGAUGAAAAUAGCUAACCCACAGCUAAGGAUGAGAGAGAAACUCCCCUUUGCUUUUUUCCAUUUUAAUUUGCACUUCCCCAAACAAUACGGGAACUGGAACGCAAGCUAUCCUUCAGAAUUCACACGUCUCCAACCAAAAUGUAGAAUGUUAGGGGAAAGCAAACAAACAUGUACAUUAGGAGGAGUGUGCCCUAAAAUGCUGGUGAAUAUUUGCGAGGACUUUUAAAAGUAUCUCAGAUGUAUCAAUGUGACAUACUGAACUUAAGGUUGGAAAAGGAAGAAACGGAAAUCAGAGCUGACAGCCUUGUCCCACCCCUAUCUACAGCUGCUUUCCCCAGGAGGAAAGCUUCCACUAAGUGCCAAUGUAUGGAAGCUUCCCUGCCAACUCUACUAGCAGAUUUUGAGGAGUGAUUUCCAUUGGGAACACGGCAGGUGGGGAGAGUUAACCACCACCACCCCUUCCCUGAGCACCACUGUCCUCCUCCUGAUCACGAGGCCAGAGCCGUUAUGCAGAAGAAGAAACAGCUUGACCCUGGACCUCCGGUGUAGCUCAGAAGUGUUUGCUGACGUGGCACUGGGAAUUUGUUUCUGCAGAUAUCGAAUGGCUAUGCAGCUGUGGUUUAUGUAAGCCCCUUUUCAAUAGGUUCCAUUUGACCCCGGAGCAUUGCGGUAUGAUGAGCCACUAACUACUUUCCAGUGCUAAACAACAACAGCAGCAAAAUGGAAGCAGCAUGCAGUGGUGCUACAUGGCUUGGGUUCUAGCAGGAGAAGUUAAACAGACCUUCCAUGUUCAGAGGCAGUGGGUGACGCAAGAGGGCUUCAUUCCACAAAGAGAACCACCAGGGUUUGCAUCAGUAGGAAGGCUGAAACAUUUCUGAAAGCAGCAACAUUUUCUUUUCUAACUGGACUGAGAGAAAACAAAAGAUGAGUUAAUUUAAUUAGCAGGGGGAAGGGGUUGUUUGUUUUUUAAAUGCUUAAAGUUAAUGCAGCUUCAUCCAUACACAACUUCCAGCCACGCUGGAACACUCCCUUAAUCCUGCAAAGGUGUCUACGUACUUUUCCCUCAGUUAAACCAUCAAGGAAGGGCACGGUCCACUCAUAAGGGCUGCCGCAACAGUGAUACACAGAUGUUCCAAGCCAGUGUGGUGUAGUGGUUAAGAGCAGUAGACUCGUAAUCUGGGGAACCGGGUUCGCGUCUCCGCUCGUCCAUAUGCAGCUGCUGGGUGACCUUGGGCUAGUCCCACUUCUCUGAAGUCUCUCAGCCCCACCCACCUCACAGGGUGUCUGUUGUGGGGGUGGAAGGGAAAGGAGAAUGUUAGCCGCUUUGCGACUCCUUAGGGUGGUGAUAAAGCGGGAUAUCAAAUCCAAACUCUUCUUCUUCUUCCAAGCAGGGCUCCUGCUACCACCUCCCUCCCUCUCCAUCUAUCCACACACAUGCAGGCAGCAAUCAUGGGACAUUAUGUAUGUUUCUCUCAUCUCCCCACCCAGCCAUCCCUCUAUGCACCUUGCAAACAUUUACUUGCAAGCACAAGUAACUUGCACUGAGCAGAGAGGAAGGCUUGAUGAUGAAAUUGGAGCCUCUUGCACAGUUGCUACUUCUCAUUUUUCCACUGCACUGCAAGCAGGUUAGCUGUGCAAAUUAGCCAUGCAAGUGGACCGUGCUCGUAUUUUUCUUCUGUUUCGAUUUUAAUUAGCACCAGCAUUGCUGUAAUACACAGGUCUAGUUUAUUUCCAUGUUUUGGAUGUUGUAUGUAAUGGUUUUGUUUUUUUAAAAAAAAUUGUUUGCCUGUAUAUUACCAUUUAUUAAAAUAAUCACAUCGUUUUAUUUUAAAGUCGACGUAAAUCAUGCUGCCGUUAAACGUUCCAUGUCUUCAGCUAAUUUUGUGUGAGAGAGAAAUAAAAUAAAGCACACUGUGAGAUGUCGGCUUUUGGUUUGAUUCCGAGUACUGGAAAAUUAACGUGCUGUUUCCAUAGACCGUGGCCUAAUAAUUAAAGCGAGGCCAAAACAUCCAUUUCCACUUGGCAAUAUCAUCAGAUAUUUUUUUUUGAACCUGUGGAAAAUAUAUUGCAUUACUAAUAUUGCACUCUGCUUUGGUCAGUUUUCUUAUUUCCUUAUACAGUCUCAAGAUACAAUGGAGUGCCACUCCGGGGGUGAAAUCAAACUACUGCAAUAACAGCACCAAAGUGAUCUCCCUAGGGUGCAAGCCUGGGCAGUGUGUAUAGAGGUCUUGGCCUCUUCCUCCUACUAGAUGGGCUACCUUCCCAGGUUGAUGAGCCCCAUCUGCCCCUCACUCCCCUCUAAGCACCUGCAGAAACUGCCUUCUUGACCAUUGGACCCACUACUGGUCUCAAUCACUCGAUCCCCCAGAGGUUGUCUUCAUAUGCAGGGCAAAUCCCUAACUCACUGAGGGUUUGAGAGCCAUAUGCGACCCUCACCUGGUUUAGCCAGCCAGUCAAAGCUGGGGUGUGGCCACUGUCAUAUACUGACAACUUCUAGGAGCCAUAGGUGAGAGCUGAGUGCAGGAUGGGGACCAAAGGUGGAGUGCAGGAUGGGGACCAGAGGUGCUACCUCUCACUUGAUUGUGGGCAGCAGGGCUUUGCAGGGGACUCUUGGGUAGGGAUGGAAAAGAGAUUUGAUUUUUUUGUUUGUUUGCAUUUUAAUCAGAAACUACCCAACUCACACUUCUCAAACCAAUAUGCAAACCGAAACACAGCUUUCCUUUGAAUUCUGCACAUCUCCAAUCAAAGACGAUGUGCAAAAGUACGUAUAUUAGGUUUAAGUGUGCAUAAAAGAGCAUAUGUUAAAUGAAAAUAACAUGUACUGGGGAAAAUUGCUUGCAAAAGAAGUGCACAUUAGUUAAAGCUGCAUACAAAAAAAUGUGUUUAUUAGGAGAAAUUUGCACUUCAAAUGCUGAUGAAUUUUCAAUGAGGAGUUCACCAGAAUCAAGUAGCUGAAAAAAAAUGUGGAGAACUGAACUUAAUCCUGGAAAAAAUGGGAAACUUUGAGAACCAAAAUGGACAGAUUUAUCCAUCACUACUCCUGUGGAAGCUUGGAAAAACAGCAAGAAGAGGCACAAGCCUAAUUUGAUCCACCCCCCUCGAUCCCUGGGUGCCUUAGCUGAAGUUGAGUAUCAGCUGGAGAAAGCUGGGAAAGAAGACUGAGAAAGAAUGAUUCACACACAUAUGACUCAGAGCACUAAGCAGCCCAAAUGAUUACAGGCCUUGCACAAAUCUCACGUGAGGAGCAUACAGGCCACCCAUUGAAACAUCACCACAUGGAUGACAAAUGCCCCCCUCCAUAAACAACCCUAAAAUGUCCUCAAGAGAUUCCAUACCAGGAGUGACUGCAAAUGUACAACUGGUUAGGCUUACUUAUCAGAUUUUGCAUGGUAAGAGAAAAUCCAGAUUAAACAAAGUGCAGGCGGGCAUUUUGAUGAUCUCGUGUGGACACACUGAAAGAGUUCUGCACAUAAGCAGCACAAAGUCCACAACAAGCUGCUGUGUGAAAGCACCCACUGGCUGCUGGCCAGCAACAUCCUUAAAUAUAACUGCAGCAGCUACCCAUGCGAUGCAAUCAGGCUGAGCAAAAAAAUAGCACAUUGGGACAUUACAAGCGUAGGAGGAGGAGAGUUUUCUAUGGGAGUUACAGUGGCAGAUAACCAUCUCCUUUGCUAGAAUAUCCAGGAUACCGUAAAUCCAAGAUCUCCUUUUAAGGCUAAUUAACACAGUUUUUUCAUGACCCCCAAAGGUCACUAGGAAUGUACAGCCAAGACAUGAAGAAGACUCACUAUGUGAUGGCAAAGUUUCACACACUAAAUAUCGCUAGACACCAGUAAGGGCUGGCUGCAGUUUUGAGGGACACCCUUUGUCAAUGGGACACCACCACCCCACUACACACAAACUUGCCUAGUAGCUACCGUGCAAGCCACCAUCUUAAGUUCCCACAAUAUAUUGGAGCACUCAUUGUAGUGUUCCUCUGAAACAUACUGUAUGUUCCAGCAAGGACCCAGAUGAGGCAUCAGCACAAGUGGGCCCUGGCGCAAGGCCCAAUGUCAAGGACUAUUUGUUCAUGUAUAAAAGUAUUUAUAUACCUGCCCUCUCACAAAAUAUCAGGCUGGUGUAAAAUAUCAGGCUAGUGUAAAAAAAAGUUGUUGGUUUUUGUAAUAAAAAAAAACCCAGUAAAAGCUCUUACAUGGGGAAGCAAUUUUUUGUGGCAUUCCCACAAUUACUUUAACCUUUGGUCACCAGGAUCUGCUCUGAAUAAAUAGCACAGAAAAGUGGUUUUCAAAUGCUGAGGGAGCCUUUCCCAUGUCAACUUGGCUGUUGGAGGGAGCCCUGCAUGGCCACCUUGAAAACCUUGCCAUGUUGUAAAAAGUUCUUGGGCACAGUUUGGGGGCUGGCAACCCAGGGCAGGACAUUCUCUGUGGGCAGCCCUUAAGCUGUGGAAUUCUCUCCCCACAGAGGCCCAUCUGCCACCUUCAUUGUUCUAUACAGUGAUACCUCGGAUUACAAACGCUUCGGGUUACAAACGCUUCGGGUUACAGACCCAGAAGUAGUCCAUCUAUCAACCAGUCUUGCCUGCUGAGCCUUUAAAGGAGAUCCCAGGGAUCGAACCUGCAUGCAAACUAUAUGUUCUUGUCGCCGUGCCACCAUUUCUCCCCAAUAUGAAAGCCACUUGCUUAAAACUGGUCCCAUCCCUUGCCACCCAUCUCCUUUAAUAUGGAGCCCUAACUCAACCCCAUUUUAUGGGAAACUAGCUGGAUGCAGGGAGAAUUUUGCAUUUCAGCUCCCGCCAGUGUGAGCUGACUAAUCCUACCAGGCAGAUGAUAUCUCCUAAUCUAAAAUCUUCGUCUGGAAGGGAUUGCUUGAUUGCAAGAGCUUCCCUUCCAUUUGCAGUUAUGCAAAGAUAGAACUGGCGACGGACCAAAGUGCUCUCUCGUGUGGCUGUAAAUUAACGUUACUAGUGGAAACUGACAGGAAACUCCUGCAAAUUGGGGUUUUGCUCAACAUCUGGAGUCCAAACUUUUGAAUUCCCUCAACAUGUAUGGAUAAAGCAGGUGAUGCUUUUUCUCCCUUCUUAACAUCCUCUCCUCAUUACUGACUUCCUCCUGUCCGAGCCCUUGAAUUUUACAAGGCAGGUUUUCUUUACUCGUCAGUUUUCUGUGUUCACAAAACCAGCUGUUAUUUCUCCAAAAGAACAUUCUCUCCACCCCACCCCCCAAAAAACCACCCGGUCGCCAUGCACUUUCCAUUGUAUAAUUCAGUUGUUAACAGAACACAAAUGCUUCUCACAUCAGCUUCCCUCGCAAAAAGCUCUUAGACUUUAAACAUUUAAACAUGGCUUGACGUGAGAAAGGUGUAUAUUUGACAUAAUUUUGUUACAACACCAUAAUGGAACUUGUUUUGCAACUUUAAUCAUCUGAAUUCUCUGUCUUUAUUCCCAUGUAGCCUCCGGCACAUCGUCAUUCGUUUGUUUAAAACGGUUACAUACCACACUUCAUCGUACUAGAUUUCUGAGCAGUUGUACAAACAUGAAAAAAAUGAACAAUACAAUAAAACACAACCAGAAUAAAAGCACCAGAUGAAACUGACAGAUAACUCCUUAACCAACAAAGCUGGGUCACAAGCCAUCUAGGGCUUUGAAAGUAAGUACCAAACAGCACCCUGAAAGCAAACAGGUAGGGCGAACCUCUUUCAAGACUGGAAUAAUGUAGGCAAAACCAGCUGCACCAGUCAGCUCAAUGUAUGAGGGCGUAUGAUGCUCUUAAGCUAAGCAGAUUUCAAAUGUGGACUUGAAUACCACCAGGUAAGCUGCAUAGAUAUUUCCAAAGAGAAUGGAAUUUCAGUGUAAAAAGAAAAAGAAAAGAAUUAACCUUAUAGUGACUGGCUCAUCCUUCACUAUGAAAUAUUAUUUAUGUUCUCGCUUUUGCUAUCCACUAAUUUUCUUCCAAUAUCACAUUUGCGCUAAGGAUUUACAAUACUACUAUUUCUUACCUUUCUCUCUCUUCACUUACCCAACUUUCUAUUGUAUGCCUAAUUCCCUUGAAAACUCUGCCAAAACCAAUAUUCUGAGUUUUCAUGUUCCUCAGCCUCUCUCAACAGAAUCACUUUAACUUGUUUGUGGGUUUUUUGUUUUUGUUUUGUUCUCAAGAUCAAAAUAUUGAGAAACUGUUUACUUCUUCUUCCCCCCCAAUAUGUCCCAUCUGGUUGCGAAGUCCUUCCACUUUCAACUAAUCAAUAUAGCAAGGAAUUUGCUCUUUUCUAUUUAGAGAGACUCCCAACUUUUCAAUACACAAUUUUAUUAUUUCUCAAGUCGACUACUGCAGCAUUCAGCCUCCCGGCUACUAUGCUUAAUACCCUUUGGAUUUAGAUGUUGCCACCUAUUCAGGUCAUUCCUCAGCUUUUCACGGGAAUCUCCGCUGGAUUCAUUAUGGUUAUUGUACUUCCCAGUGAGCACAGACACCUUCUCUUCUCUAAUCCUCUUAUUUAUGAUUUCUGUGCAGUUUUAGCAGUGAGAGCUGCAUAGGAACAGAUCAGCUGCGAAACUUCCAAAACUCUCCCUGAUUUGUCAUGUGGGAUAUCCCAUCAGGGUCAUGGCUGAAAGCAGUUUUGAUUUCUGCUCAUGAUAGAAGGAUAGGAAAUAAGUACAAAAGGGAAGAUUGUUCCCGUUUCCCCCCCCCCCAACCACCCUCCAGCAAACCGGAACUAUGCAAGGCAAAAAUAGACAUUUUGCGCAUUUUAUUCCUGUGGAUUAAGAAGGGAGAAAACCAGAGGUUGUUGAUAGGAUAGCUAGUCUUCUUCAGUGUUGGCUUUAAAAAAAGAAUAAUACCAAACUACCUGACUUUUGCAGCAUGGGAUGGUUUUUACAGAAAUGCAAGUCACCUUACCUGAGUUUAAUGUCAAGGGACAAAAGGCAGAUUGCUGAGGUUUUGCAGGAUGAAGCCAUUAGGUUGUCUACAGAGAAAAUUAAUCUAUCUUGUCCCCUGGAAGACUAUACAGCCCAUUGCUGCAUUCAGUACAUGCAAGCUUCUUUAUUCUAGAUUAUUGGAUGAGAGAUAUACUCCUUAGUUUCAAAUGUAUAGGUUCAGAUUAUCAGCAAAUAUGAAGAUUCCUUGGACCAGUAGUUCUAGUUACUUUGGAUUCCCCCAGUGUACGACUCAGAAUAAAACCCCUGAAAUGUUGCUUGCUUGGCCACUUGACCUUUCGAGAGAUGACCAAAACGCAUGUUCCUCCUCAAAACCUUCGUUCUGUGCUUUUAACCUUUAAAGCCAUUUGUGGUCUGGGACCUUCGUAGCCUGGGACUCUUAUCCCUAAAAGAGCUUGCCUAGGCAGUCCUAUCAAGCAGGCUUCACUGCCCUAAAUCUACAGCCUGGUUGAGAUGAUGACAAUUGGGAGCAGGGCCUUUUUGGUGAAGGCUCCAAAGAUUCAGAAUCACCUGAUGAGGUUAAGAAACUACCCUUCUUAUGAGGAUUUCUGAAGAGCUCUAAGAUCCUCUUUUCUCACUUAGUAUUUAGUUGCCUGAGUCCUCCUUCUCUUUUACUUUGAGCAGCGGAUGCUAUUUUUUAUGUUCCAUUUGUGGGAUUUUGCAAUCUUAAAAUUGCAUUACUUUAUUUUUAUGCACUGCUUUGAGCUAAUUUGGGGAUAGGCAUAUAUUUUAAGUAAACAAAUCUAAAAUUACCUUUCCUGUUCCUGCACAUUGCUUUUCCGCUGCAGCUGCCUAGCACCAGAAUUUCCUUCCUCUGGUCAUCCAACUCUCUUCUUCUGUUAUCAUGUUCAAGAACCUCCUUCAGAUACAAAUUCUCACCUGGGCUUUCCCUGAUAGGACUUCCCUUCCCGUUGCUCUCUAAUCUUUCUUUGUCUUUAAAUAAACUGUGGGCAGAACUGGUUUCACCUUGAAUGUAUGUAGUGUGUCUUGUGCUCUUGUUUGUUUUAUAAAUAUGCCUUCAGGCCAAGUCACUCCAACACGAUCCCUUGUUUUCGGAUCAGCAGCACUGCUACUUGAAACAGAGCAAUUUCGUUGUUUGGCACAUUCCAAAUUACAAGUGUAUCCAUUCGUUUGUUGCAUUUGGAACAUAUGGCCCUCCGCACUAAGGGUGAUAAACAGUCUUACCUUGGAAGUCAAACGGAAUCCGUUCCGGAAGUCUGUUCGACUUCCAAAACGUUCGGAAACCAAAGUGCGGCUUCUGAUUGGCUGCGGGAAGCUACUGCAGCCAAUCAGAAGCCAUGGAAGCCCCGUCAGACAUUUCCGGUUCCAAAAGAAAGUUCGCAAUCACUUCUAGGUUUGCAGCAUUCAGGAGCCAAAAUGUCCAAAUACCAAGGCGUUCAGGAUCCAAGGUACAGUGGAAUCUCGGUUUAUGAACACCUCGGUUUACGAAUUUUCGGUUUACGAACGCCGCGGACCCAUCUGGAACGGAUUAAUUCACUUCCCAUUCCUUUCAAUGGGAAAGUUUGCUUCAGUUUAUGAACGCUUCAGUUUAUGAACAGACUUCCAGAACCAAUUACACCCAUGCUUCGGGUUAAGUACGCUUCAGGUUGAGUACUCCGCGGACCCGUCUGGAACGGAUUAAUCCACUUUCCAUUACUUUCAAUGGGAAAGUUUGUUUCAGUUUAUGAACGCUUCAGUUUAUGAACAGACUUCCAGAACCAAUUGUGUUCAUAAACCAUUGUACAGUGGUACCUCUAUUUACGAAUAACUCUACUUACGAAUGUUUCUACUUACGAAUGGAGCUCCGUCCGCCAUCUUGGAUGCAGUUUAGAUUUUUUCUACUUACGAAUUUUUAGAUAGGGUUGCUUCGACUUAAGAAUUUUUUCUCCCAAUGCAUUCCUAAGGGAUUCGACUUACAAUUUUUUUCGACUUACAAAU